AUGGACAGCUUCCAAGUCGUUCCCGAAUCUACUCCAGAGUACACCGGCAAACAACAGGCUGUUAGCAGGAUCUUCCGUAUCCUGGAUGCGGAAAAAAUGUCAUUGUGCGGUUUUCUUAUGUUGGCGUACAGCUCAGAGGAUACGUUCGUGAAACAAAAAGCUGAUCUUGUUGAACGAAAUGAUGGCCCAGCAAAAUUGUAUGGUAAGCAUGUGGUCCAAAUGCACAAGAUCGACGCUCUCAAGCCAAAAAAGUUGAUAACAAUUCUACUGCCAACGAUGAAAGUUGAUCAAUCCCCGACUGUGGGCAACAUCGAGGCUAUAGAGCGAGUCUCUACGAGAAUACUUAAGCUGGGAAAGCUAAUCGGUAAUUCCAGUGAUGCAACUCUUUCGUCUUCAGAUGAAUCUCGUAUCCACGACUUACAAGACUCAUUAUGGCUCUAUGUCCGCAGAGGCUCGUUGGCAUAUUUUAUGUCUAUUUUAAAACUAAACAACUAA